AUGCAUCUAUCGAUAAAGGACGCGAUUCUUCCUCAACCACCAAGUUUUGUCAAGAAGAAGAACUAUGAGGUGCAUCAGGUUCUCGGUGAAGGUACUUUCGGGAAAGUUGUAAAAGCAACAUGGCAUGUUCCAGCUGAACAAGUCGCCAUCGCCGAACGCGGCGCCGCCGCUGGUCCCGACGAUCCUUUUACUACAACCCAACCGAAGAUGAAACGAACGCUCACGAAUCUCGCCGGCUCUAAACCUUCCUCCAGGUCUACAUCGCCAGCAUCCUCAGAUCCUUCAUCAUCACAGGCAGGCAUCACGAAGGAAGUAGCCCUCAAGUUGAUUCCCAAGAAGAAAGUGAAGGGGAACGAGGCUAGUGUUUGGGGUGAAAUGGAGGUAUUGAAAGGUUUAGACCAUCCGAACAUCGUCAAGUUUUAUGAAUGGUUUGAAUCGCGAACGAAAUAUUAUCUAUCUUUCGAGCUCGCUGUAGGCGGAGAACUUUUCGACCGGAUACUCAAGAAGGGUAAAUUUACGGAGAAAGAUGCUAGUGGCGUCAUAAGGUCAAUUCUCUCAGGCGUCGCAUACCUCCACGAACAUGAUAUCGUGCACCGAGAUCUCAAACCGGAGAACAUCCUCUACAGAACGUCAGCAGAGGAUUCCAACAUCGUUAUCGCAGAUUUCGGGAUAGCCAAACAUCUUGAUACGCCGGAAGAGCAGUUGCAUUCGCUCGCCGGGAGCAUUGGUUACGUCGCUCCUGAGGUGUUGCUUAAUGAAGGACACGGGAAGCAGGUCGAUUUGUGGAGUAUCGGAAUAAUUGCUUAUGUCCUCCUUUGCGGUUACUCCCCUUUCCGAUCGGAUGAAGUCAAAGUCCUCAUCCGCGAAACGACCGAAGCUCGAAUCGAGUUCCACGACAAAUAUUGGAAAAAUGUUUCCUCCGAGGCCAAAACUUUCAUCAAACGCCUCCUUAACCCUGAUCCUACCCGCAGACCAACUGCCGCUGAAGCACUCAAGGAUACCUGGCUCACGACACACGAUCCAUCCGAGGAACACGAUCUCUCUGACGGACUCAGAGACCACUUCGAUCCCAGAUCUAAAUGGCGUAAUGCGAUCGCUGGUGCGAGAGCGAUACAUAGGUUGGCAUCCUUUGGUCGUACCCAGUCUCAGCUCUCGACCGCGUCAGAUGCGACUGCGUCCUCUGGAGGAUGGAAUAGUGGUAGUGCCGGGGGUGGUCCUCCUAAUACGGACGACGAGGAUGAGGACGACGGAUGGCAUCCUGCGUCUGCGUCUGAGGUGAAACUUGGUAAUGGCCGCGAUAGCACGAGUGGCCCUGGUGAUAAUGUUAACGUCACGGUCACUGCUCCUCCAGAGGAGGAAAGUCCUAGCCUCAACGGAUCUCAGUCCGCAUCCAGCAUUCCCGAUGAUCUAAGUUCGACCUCACACGCCGGUGUAGACAACAAUUUCACCACACACGCCUCUUCGGGAUCUAUGAUCAACGAUGACGAUGAACGGGAUUCCUUGUUGACGGAGGAGCCGUCUCCCCUGGAUAACGAGUCUAGUCAUGGUGAUAGACAUCGCGAAUAUGACCCUUUGGAACAGGAUUUACAGAUGCCAGGUUCAUUCGACAUGGAGGGCCCACCUUUACACAAUGGUAUAGAGGAGGAAGAAAGCCUUCAUAGUUGGGGAGAGAUGUUAAAGAAACUCACGUUGAGAAAUUAA